AAACGCAAGCUGUCUCGUUGUUUGGUUUAAAUUCGAAUAACCUAAAAAAAUUCAAACUAUUUUAAAUUAAUUUUACUAUAUUUCCAUUAGUUUUUAUUGAAUUCAAUUCGAAUUUAACCAUUAAAAUAAAACGUAGGAAGUUCAUAUUUAACGAAACCGUUAAAAGCAUUCCUAAAAACAUUAGAUAUUAUGCCAGUAGCACAGUUAGCAGGGAGCGAAGCCGCUAGUGAAAGCAGCAAAACCUUUGUUUUCCAGGGCGAGGGACACACUUUAGGCAACGCUUUACGAGGAAUUAUAUCUAGCUAUCCAGAUGUCCAGUUUUGUGGGUAUACAGUUCCCCACCCAGCAGAGAACAAGAUGCAUUUCCGUAUACAGAUGUACCAAGGCAAGGCAAUAGAAGCCCUAAAAAGAGGACUUGAAGAUCUGGUUAAAGUCUGUGACGUCACCUUGGACAAAUUCGAUAAAGAAUUUAAUAAUUUUUGUGCUAAAAGUGACUCUUAA